CAGAUGGCACCUCUCAAUUGAUUAUCUAACCCUAUCAGUGUAUGCACAAUCCUGACCUUUAAACUCAGAUUUGGACUUUAUUUUUUAAAUUCCUUUUUUUUUUUUUUCCUCAGUGACGACAUCCCAUCCCAGCAGCAUCAUGCGGAACCUGGACCAACUUUUCACUGUGGAAGUUAAUACGUUUCAUUCUGCAGCCUGGGGCAAUUAACUUUUUUUGUUGUUGUUGUUUGAGCGACUUUACUCCAUUUAUUUUGAGGCAUCAUGCAGAAAUUAAUGCUGACAACGUAAAGAGGUUGUAUCCGCUCACUUGACGGAGGAACUUUUGGGAUCCUGGAAGUUGCUGCACCGGGAGCCCCUUACCUGUCACCGACCUUCACACCACUCCCACCCGGUGCUGGCUGAGCCUCCCCGCCGCCCUCAGGCAGCAGUGAUGGGGUCUCUGUGGACACCGGGAGCUAUCAGUGCAUGGAAAGCCACACUGUUCCUCUUCAACAUCAUAUCCACUGCCAUGGCCAAAAGACACGUCGUCUACUGGAACUCUACAAACACAAGGUUAACAGCGGGCGAUCUGUCCGUCCAGGUGAAUUUGAAUGAUUACCUGGACAUCUACUGUCCCCACUACCCUGCUGAGGAGGCUCAGGGCCCGGGACAGCCGGAGACCCUGGCCCUCUACCUGGUGGCAGAGAAGUCCUUCCAGGGCUGUGUGGAGACCAGGGGGGCCAUCAAGAGGUGGGAGUGUAACACCCCCCACGCUCCCUUUGGACCAGUGCGGUUCUCCGAGAAGAUCCAGCGCUUCACGCCGUUCUCCCUGGGAUUUGAGUUUCUUCCUGGGCACCACUACUACUACAGCUCUCUGCCUACAGAUGAAGGCCCUCCUCUGCCAUGUAUGAAGUUGCGUGUCACCGUGUGCUGUGCUCCCACAUCAGAGGGAUCAAAACAGAAACAAGAAACUGUAGCGCCUCGCAGUAUUGCGUGUUCGUUGAGGAAAGCAUCGCCUCCACUCCUCCUCAUCUUCUUCAUCUUCCUCCAGCUGCCUGUCUGACUUGCCUCUUCCACUCUCGCAGCCGCUCUCUGCGGGAUCGGGGGAUAUUACUCAGACAUUGAACUGCACAAUGCAAUCUAUGCUAAGCUAUUGCAAAAUGACACAUAAUACCUACAGUACAGUGUGUGUGGCUGUCUACUUGUGAUUCUCCAUAAAGAAUCGGGCGUCUUCUUGAAACCGAGCCACAGUGACUCAGGGACUGAUGCACCGAAUCACUGUGAAUCAUUUCUUGUUGUUUUCCUGGCUCCCCCCACCCCUCCCGCCCCAAUCCCACACUCCCCUCACCUGUUGUGUAAGCUGUUUGUCAGAAGUAAUGCACACUAAGUAUUACACAAUUAUACACAGUCGUACGAUCCAUGUUCCUCUCCAGCUGCAGAACAAAGAGUCCUUUUAGAUUUAUUUCAUCUAAGCUUUCUCAUUUUUUUUCUGUGUCCCUUACUUGCAAGUUUUCUUUACUUCCAAACAACCUCUGUCCUGUCCUCUACCUGCCUGCAGCUGAAAAGUGGCCAAGCAGACACAUGCUACUGAACUGAGAUAGUUUCUGGCUUUUUUUUUUUUCUUUUUUCUAACUGUCUCAUGUGCAUCUGAGUGCCACAAAUAUGUUGUCUGACUUUUGUAAAUCAGAUAGAAUUAGGAAAUAAAAGCAAUCUGGAAGAAAUUAGGAAUGAUCUGGAAGAGUCAGGCAGGGCUGCUGCGCCCCCUACUGGGAUCAAACUGGUUGUACUGGAGUCUGGACUGGGCUGGCCGUAAAACCAGCUGCUCACAAACUGGACACUACACUCUGGUGCCAUAUGGUGAUGCAAACUGUCUCUAACUGGACCUGGGAGCGGGUUUAGCGCUUUUUGACUGGACCCCCUGUUGUUCUGCCUCGCCAGCCCUCUCUCUCCUUCAGACUGAAAAGCAGGAGAGAGGGGAUUAUGGAUAAACAGAGGGCAUCAACUCAUCUCACCCCACUGAGCAGGCUGCCGACCGCUGAGGCUGGUUGGUCAGUGCUCCUGCUGACAAACCAGGUGUGCAGAUAUCCAAAAUGUCUGCUGAGUACUUAACCAUUUAAUAAUGGGAGCCCACCAACUUUUUUUUUUUAAUUAAUUAUUUGUAAAACACAUGAUCCUCAGUUUUAAGUUUCAUAUGCAAUGUUUUUCUGGCAACUUUCUGUUAUUUAAUGGCAAAAAUCAGACAACAAGCAAAUAAAUUUUGGCAUAGAUAAACAUCAGAUUAUAUAUAUACAUAUAUCCUGGAUUUAUAUUCAUACUGUAUAUUGAUGUGUUCUGAAUAUUCUCUGUUGCAAAAUGUCAGUUUUCAUGCAUCAAAUGUUUUGAAUAUGGAGUAUAAUACAUUUGGAACUGAGGAUUUUUAUUUCUUUUUUAAUUUGUGUUUUUUGGUUUAUAAUUAUUGCUGGAAUUGGCUCUCAGUUAUUUAGAAAUAAUAUCUCCAUCUGUCAUUUUUAAUAGAUUUAUUAACAAUCGAUUUAAUAUCAUUAAAUUUUGUUUUGUGUAAAAAUUGGAGAUAAUAUAGAUGUACAUCAAAGUGUGUAUUUUUCAUUGCCAUUAAAUUAAAUCUGAUAUUUAUGAAAAUGAAUAACUAUUCAGCCACCGUAUUAAACAGUAAGUAUGAUUGACUUGUGCUCACAAAAUUCAGCCAUCAUAAAUUUUGCCGUUUAUUUCUCAUUAAAAAAAAAAAAAAAAAAAUACUUGGUUAGCACUUACUCAGUAUGUUUUUUUUGUUGUUUUUUUUUUUUCUCAACACAUAUGGAUCUCAAAAUGCUGUAAAUCAUACCAUUCAUCUCAUCUCUGUUUUAUGCUGUUCAUUCCCUUCAUGGGUGACAAAGAAAACUGCUGUCUGAAACCUUGUUUAAUAACUUCAGAGAUGCCUGAUGUCGAACUUUACAAUCAUUUAUUAGUAGGAUUUUUUUUUUUUUUUUUUUUUUUUUUUUUUUUGCUUUGUGUGUAAUUUCUCCUGUUUGCUUUUUCACAUUUUUGUGAAGAAUGUCGCGUCUUCUGUGAAGAGCCAAACUGCAAUCUGAGCCUUUUUUACAUGGCAAGACAACAAAAUAAAUACGAUUGCGUUGAAACAAUUGUAA